AUGGUGAAGUCGUUGGAAGAGAGUCCGAUGCGGAAGAUCCGCAUCGAGAAGCUGACGCUGAACAUUUGUGUUGGCGAGUCCGGCGACAGACUGACCCGCGCUGCGCGUGUGCUGGAGCAGCUGACUGGCCAACGCCCGGUGCUGUCUCGUGCGCGAUUGACCAUUCGUUCUUUCAGCAUUCGCCGCAACGAGAAGAUCGCAUGCCAUGUGACAGUCCGCGGCAAGAAGGCGGAGGAGAUUUUGGAGAAGGGCCUGAAGGUCAAGGAGUACGAACUUAGAAAGAAGAAUUUCUCCGACACUGGCAACUUCGGCUUCGGUAUUCAGGAGCACAUCGACUUGGGGAUCAAGUAUGACCCAUCUACGGGUAUCUACGGGCUGGACUUCUACGUGCAUUUGUGCCGGCCGGGUCUGCGCGUCUCGAAGCGCAAGUGGGCACGGGGCCGCAUCGGGCACCGCCACCGCGUGACGAAGGAAGACAGCAUUCGUUGGUUCCAGCAGAAGUACGACGGGAUAGUUUUGAACCGCUGA